AGAGUUAUCUUUUCCUACUUCCGCCAUCUUCUGCUUUUGCUACCGCUGGCGAAAGUGAAAGUUGCAAAGAAGAAGUUGUAUGUGUAUUUCUUUUCCAUGAAUUGAGGACUUGAAACGACUGACUGCGACUGAUCAGUAAUUUGAACUAAGAUCAUGCCUGACUGUACAUACCUGUAGAAAUAAUACUGAGGUAGCCACUACAAAAGAGGACAGCAAGGGAACAAAUCACAUAAAAGGGUUACAACAGUCUACGCAAUGUUUAGUUUUAGGAAGAAAGACAAGGAAAAGGAUAAGGAGAAGAAGGAGAAGCAUGAAAAGAAAAAAAAGGAGAAGGAUGAAAAACAUGACAAGAAAGAGAGAGAAAAGAAGGAACGGCAGCACAUGACCCCAGAGGAGAUGUCUCGUAUCGAAGAGAUGAAGAAGGGUGUGUUCCGUCGCUUCAGCGAUAAAGACAAGAAGCGGCACUCUCAGAAAUCUUUGGACCGAGCAAGUCCCUCCGAGGAGGAGGAGGAACGGUCUGGAGCCAGCAGCAGGGGUAGCCCAACCAAGGAUGCACGGCCAUUGCUAACCCGACCGCAGCCAUUACCAAGGCAAUCUAUACCUGCAAAGAGUUCCCCCCCUCCUGUACUCCCAAAACCAAAGGUCAAAAGCAUCCUGAAAGGGAAAAACGACAGCACAUCAUCUUCACCUUCUGUUGACCUGGAUGAUACAAAACUACUGCAAGAAAAUACAAAACGCAAUGAGGAUAUGUUUGCAAGCAACUUUUCUUCAAGGUCAUCAUCUACGCAAAAGCUCAAGGCUUCACCAGUAGGAUCUUCCAUAGCCACAACACCAUCUACGCCAGGGGAUGACUUCCUUGAGUCAGAAGAGGAAGAUAAAGGCAAUAAAAACUACGCAGAAGCUUCUAAGCUUAAACUCCCACCUUUGAUUCUGCCCAAGCCACCGAGGAUGCGAGAAAUUGUGGUCAAGCGGCUACAGUCCGGUGGUUUUGGGUUUAGUCUACGCAAGGGCCUCAUUCCAGAUCGCAGUGGAGGGCCUCCAAAGGCAGUCACAUUCGCCGAGCCUGGCAGUGGCCCCACCAGCAUACAGACGGGGCUUUUGCCAGGGGAUCGACUGAUUGAGGUGAAUGGCCAGAAUGUUGAAAAUCUGUCACGAGAAGAGGUUGUGGAGGUCAUCAAGAAAUCGUUGGACACGUUGACCCUCAAGGUGCAACCAAUCCCAGAACUGAUUGAGCUGAGCGUGCGGCCAAAUCGCGACGGCACGGCGGUGGACAUACAGGAGGACACGGCCAAGAGUGGGACCCUGCGACGUAGUGGCAGCCUCCGCUAUCAGAAAGGGACUCGCUCCGAAGAUGACGUCAAGACGGAGAAGGCGUGGCUUGAGGCGGAGAAGGUGUGGCUUAUCCACCGCGGGGGCUUCUCGGAGGUGUUCCUGCUCAAGUCUGACAGCUCCGGCGGGCUGGCCGAAGGCCGGGUGCGCGUCAAGCUGGAGUCGGGGGACAUCAUCGAGGUGGACGAGGACGACAUCGAGAAGGCAAACCCGCCUCAGUUUGACCGUUCGGAGGACCUGGCAUCCCUCCGGUACCUGAACGAGUCGAGCGCCCUCCACACGCUGCGCCAGCGCUACGCCAGCAACCUCAUCCACACCUACUCGGGGCCCUACCUGCUGGUGGUCAACCCCAUGCAGCACCUGCCCGUCUACGCAGAGAAGAUCAUCCAGAUGCUGAAGGGGUGCAAGCAGGAGGACAUGCCUCCCCAUGUGUUCUCCAUGGGCCAGAUGCUGUACCGGGACAUGCUGAGUCAGCGGCGCGACCAGAGCCUGCUGCUGUUGGGCAAGAGCGGCUCUGGGAAGACCACCACCGCGCAGCACGUGCUGCACUACCUCAUUACAGCGGCAGCGGGGCAUGAGGCCUCCGUGCUCAAUGUGGAGAAGCUGGCCUCAGUGUACACUCUACUCCACGCCUUCGGCAACAGUCGCACGUCCCUCAACGUCAACGCCAGCCGGUUCACCCAGAUUUUUACCCUUGACUUUGACCACUCGGGCCAAAUUGGGUCUGCUUCAGUGCAGGCGCUGAUGUUUGAGAAGACGCGAGUUGUGCGUAGACCAGAGGGAGAGCCCACGUUCAGCAUCUUUUACCAGCUGUUGGCUGGUGUUGACAGUGAAUUGAGAUCAGAGCUCCAGUUGCAGACCCUGAGUGAGUCCAACCUGUUCAUGAGCCCCCCUCAAAAGUCUGAGGACAAACAACGUGCGUCCGAGGCGUGGGCCCGUGUGGUACUAGCCUUCGACAACCUCAAUGUGUCGCAGGAUGAGGUCAAGGCCAUUUUCAGCGUGCUGGCCGCCAUUUAUCACCUAGGAAACGCUGGAGCCAUCAAAGGUCCAACAAACAAACCUCAGUUUGCCAAACCAGCGGCCGCGCAAAGGGCAGCGACUCUUCUGGGGAUAAGCGUGGAGGAACUGAGCAAGUCUAUCUUCACGUCGGGCGGCUCCUCCACACUUAACAGGAGUACCUCUCUCAGAGUGUCAGGUGCCAUGGACCGGCCCGCCUACCUGCCGUCCGACGCCAACGCCACGGCCCAGGAGUCGCUGGAAGGUUUCGUCAUCGGUCUCUACUCAGACGUCUUCAACGCCGUGGUUUCUCUCAUCAACAGAUCUCUAUCCUCGAGUGUGCGUGCCAUGAACACCAUCACCAUCGUGGAUGGGCCAGGCUUCCAGAGUCCGGGGACCAGCGGUGGGCGUGGCUCCGGGGCCACCUUCGAGGAUCUGUGCCACAACUACACGCAGGAGAGACUGCAGGCCUUCUUCCACGAGAUGGCCAUCUCUCUGCCCAUGGACACUUACUCCGAGGAGGACAUAGAGCUGGACUUUGACCCCGUGUUGUCCAGCCCGGCCUCCAUCGUCAACAUGCUGGACAAACCUCCUCUGCAGGGGCUGGUCCGGUCCUCAACUUCCGAUCUGAAGAACGCGGACAAGAAAGGUCUGCUGUGGAUCUUGGACGAGGAGGCCAUGUUCCCUGGAGCGACUGAAGACAGCUUUAUGGAGAGACUCUUACAGCAGCACAGUGAGCAGCCCGUCCGAAAGGAGAGCCUGCUGCGCAAGGGGUCGCUGGGCCACACAUUUGUGCUGAACCACCAGCUGGGCACCACGCCCAUCCAGUACAACGCCCAGGGCUGGCUGCGGGCCUGCAGGGAGAACCCCACCUCACGCAACGCCACACUGGUGCUGCAGGACUCCAAGAAAUCUGCCAUCACCCAGCUGUUCACCUCCCUCAAAGGUCAAGGGGUCGGGCUGGUCAGUGGCUCUGUGGCGGGCAUGGAAGGGUCCACUUCUCUCCGCAGGGUGGGCAGCAUGCGCAGGACUUUCGUCUCAGGCCAGGCUGGCCUCAAGAAAAAGUCGGUCUGUCUGCAGGUCAAGUUCAACGUGGAUUCUAUCGUGGACAUUUUGAAAAAGACCAACGUCCACUUCAUCCACUGCGUCCUCCCCCACCACUGGGCCGGGCUCGGGGAGCUGCGAGCCUCUCAGGAGGACAAUGUCCUCAACAUCCCGCUGGUGCGUAACCAGCUGCGUGGCUUUGAGAUACUGGACGCUGUACGGCUCUACAGGCAGGGUUUCCCAGAUUCGAUGCCGUUCCCUGAUUUCAUCAGCAAGUUUGAGCCUCUCGUUCCUGGCGUGAAGAGUGGCAGAGGAGACGGGGACGAGAAAAUCGUGAGUUCUCUGAUCCUGGAUAAUCUGGACGUGGACAAACUCAACUACCGUGUGGGCAACUCUAGGGUGUUUUUCCGGCCGGGCUGUCUGACCCAGCUGGACAGCAGCCGAGACGAGAAGUUCACAGGUGUUGUGGAGCAGUUCCAGGCCUUGUGCCGAGGCUACCUGGCACGCAAGAACCUAGAGAAACUCAAGGUUCAACACACGGCCAUCAGAUGCAUCCAGCGAAACGUGCGCAAGUACGUACAGAUCCGCGAGUGGGAGUGGUGGAGGCUGUACACCAAGGUGAAACCCAUCCUCAACGUACACCGCACGGAGGAGGAGCUCAAGGAGAAAGAGGCUGAGAUCGAGCUACUGAAGAGCCGCAAUGAGAAGCUGGAGAAAGAGAGGUCUGAGUACAAGACACAAUGUGACAGGCUGGAGAAUAGGCUGGCCGAGGUGACGGCGGACUUGGCCGAAGAGAACACGACGUCCAACGAGGCGGCCGAGCUGUUGGAGGCGGAAACUGCCGAGCGUCUCCGACUGGAGAAAGAGUUAAGGGACUUGCAGAACAAGUUCACUCCUCUGAAGCGACAGAAUGAGAAACUUCAGAUGGAGAUGAUGCAGACACGACUGUGGCAGGCAGAGGCUGCCGAGGAGGAUUUGGAUGGAGAGAAGGAUGAUGACUCUGUGUACAAGCCGCGCUACGAGCGUCUGGUGAAGGAGCUACAGGUGACCAAGAAACAGAUGCAGCAACACCACGAGGAGGAGAUGGAGGCAGAGCUUCAGUCACGGAAGCUGAUUGAGAGGAGGCUUCACGAGGCAGUGGCGGAGGCGGAAGAACAGCGGCGGCAGGUCCAGGUGGCCAAGAAGAAGGCCCAGCGUCUGGCCACGGAGACACAGGACAUGAAGCUGCACCUGGAGGAACACAUGGCCAGGAACAACGAGCUGGAGAGGAAGCAGAGACGGCCAAGCUCCGACUGGAGAUGAACCUGGAAAAGAGCAAGCAGCAGCACGUGAAGGAUCUGGAGGAGAAGGACGAGGAGAUGGAGGAGAUGAGGUACAAGACGCAGAAGAAGUUGCGUCAGAUGGAGAGUCAGCUGGAGGAGGAGUACGAGCAGAAGAAGCGACUGCACGAGGAGAAAGCUCAGCUGGAGAGACAGCUGCAGGAGUCCGGGGCCCGGGAGCCUCAAAGGGACAGAGAGUCUGAAAAACGUCUUCGUCGUAACCUGCGGAAGACCAAAGCUCUCCUCAACGACGCCGGGGCUGCCCUGCUCAAGCAGAAGGACCUGGAGGGGGCGCGCGCCCAGAUCUCCGCGCUGCGCAACCAGCUGGAUGACGCCGAGUUCGCAUCCGCGGCGGCGGUCAAGGCCAAGAAGCGCAUGGAGCUGGAGAUACAGGAGCUGCAGCAGCAGAUGGAGGAGCUGACACGCGGGAAACAGGAGGCGGAAUCUAAGAGCAUGGGUCUGAUGCGAGAGAAGGCGGACCUUCAAGGGAGGCUGGAGGAGGUUGAGGAGGACCUCAAUGACAUCAUGAAGAAGUACAAGGCAGCUGUACAACAGCAAUCGGUGGACCAGAUCACACUGACCGACCAGAUGAGUCAGAUUGAGGAACUCAUGUCAGAGAGGGACAGGUUCAAGCAGGAGGUGUCGGACCUCCAGACCCGUGUCCAGUCGUACGACGAGACCAUGGUGGACAAACACACCGUGCUGCGACUAGAGACCAAAGGCCGCGACAUGGAGAGUCGCCUCGACUUGGAGGGGACCAUCAAACAGAGGCUGGAGAGCCAGGUGUCGCGUCUGAAGGAGCAGGUGGACCGAGUGACCGCGGAGAAGGAGGAGCUGAGUCAGGCCAGGCUCUCCCUGGAGGAGGUCAACAAGAGGACGCAGAAGCAGAUGAGGGAGCUACGCGAGGAGCUGGGGGAUACACAGAAGAGGGAGCUGGAGGGGAGCCAGAGAAGGAGGGAGAUGGAGACCCGUGUGGAGGAGCUGGAGGGCGACCAGGAACAGAACCAGUCAGACCUCAAGCUGGCCCUCAAGAGAAUCACCGACCUACAGGCCGCGCUGGAGGAGGACCUGGACAGUGACAGCGACGUACUCGUCUCUGACAGCGAGGACGACGAAGACGAUUCGGCAGACGAGGACCUGAGCACGUUCCUCUCUCACCAGCGUCGGCCGGGCAGCACCAGCGGAGCCAGCGGCCAUGUUGUGGUCAACUCACACUCGCCCCGGGCCGCCGCUGAAGCCAGUGAGGCUUGACUUAUGUGAUGUCAUAGACACCAUUGACCAAUCAAAUUACUCCAGAGGUUCAUGUACGGCAGCAGGCAAGCAGCACUCACACAUGUGCAUGUGCGCACGCGCGCACAUACACACACACACACACACACACACAGGCGCAAGCACAUGCACACGCCCUCACUCCCCGCCAUGUUACUCUCCUGGUACCCCCCACCCUGGCUGACACAAGCGCAGAUGUACAAAGACGCAUGUACGACAUGACAGUUACUUCUCCUUGGAUGACAUCAUCUCGGCCUUUCUUCCUUCCCGCAGGAUGUGACAUCACCAGUGUGAGGCUCCAGUCUGCCUGUUUCGCUACUCUAUAUAUAUAU